GCUCUACUAGGUGGUUUACGGCAGGGGGCGGGCCGCGGGCCGUGUGCUGGCGACAUCACUGGCAUGGCGGAGUCCCCGGGCCAGCGCGCCUGCUAGUUCCUCCAGCGGCAGCGGCGGCGGCGGGAGCGGGAGCGGCCAGGAGCGGCCAGGGGCAGUGGGAUUCUCGGCGCUCCCAGCGGGUCUCAGCCCCGAGCAGGGCAGGAAGCCGGUUGAGGAGAGUCCUCCAUGAAUGUAUGUCACAAUGAUGAUGACGGACCAGAUCCCCCUGGAGCUGCCCCCGCUGCUGAACGGAGAGGUGGCCAUGAUGCCUCACGUGGUGAAUGGAGACGCCACCCAGCAGGUGAUUCUCGUUCAAGUUAACCCAGGCGAGACUUUCACAAUUCGAGCAGAGGAUGGAACACUUCAGUGCAUUCAAGGGCCUGCUGAAGUUCCCAUGAUGUCACCCAAUGGAUCCAUCCCUCCUAUCCAUGUGCCUCCAGGUUACAUCUCACAGGUGAUUGAAGACAAUACCGGUGUCCGCCGGGUGGUGGUGACACCCCAGUCUCCCGAGUGCUACCCCGCAAGCUACCCGUCUGCUAUGUCUCCAACUCACCACCUCCCCCCCUACCUGACUCAUCACCCACACUUCAUUCACAACUCGCACACGGCCUACUACCCGCCCGUCACUGGGCCUGGAGACAUGCCGCCUCAGUUCUUCCCUCAGCAUCAUCUUCCCCCCACAAUCUAUGGGGAGCAAGAAAUCAUACCCCUGUACGGAAUGUCAAGCUACAUUACCCGGGAAGACCAGUACAGCAAACCUCCGCACAAAAAACUGAAAGACCGCCAGAUUGACCGCCAGAAUCGCCUCAACAGCCCUCCUUCCAUCUACAAAGGCAGCUGCACGACAGUGUACAAUGGCUACGGGAAGGGCCACGGUGCAGGAGGCGGUGGAGGUGGCGGCGGGGGCAGCGGAGGCGGCCCCGGGAUUAAGAAAGCAGAGCGAAGAGCAAGAAGUAGUCCCAAAUCCAAUGAUUCAGACCUGCAAGAGUAUGAGCUGGAAGUAAAGAGGGUGCAGGACAUUCUUUCAGGAAUAGAGAAGCCACAGGUGUCUAACAUCCAGGCACGAGCAGUUGUGCUGUCAUGGGCUCCUCCUGGUGGUCUCCCCUGUGGACCCCACAGCGACCUCUCCUUCCCCUACAGCUAUGAAGUGGCGCUGUCAGACAAAGGGCGUGAUGGAAAAUACAAGAUUAUUUACAGUGGGGAAGAACUAGAAUGUAAUCUGAAAGAUCUGAGACCAGCUACGGACUACCAUGUGAGGGUCUAUGCCAUGUACAACUCUGUCAAGGGCUCCUGCUCAGAACCAGCCAGCUUCACCACCCACAGCUGCGCCCCUGAGAGCCCCUGCCCACCGAAGCUGGCACACAGGACCAAGAGCUCACUUACCCUGCAAUGGAAGGCGCCAAUUGACAAUGGUUCAAAAGUCACCAACUACCUUUUAGAAUGGGAUGAGGGCAAGAGGAACAGCGGCUUCCGACAGUGCUUUUUUGGGAGCCAGAAGCACUGCAAACUGACCAAGCUGUGCCCGGCCAUGGGGUACACGUUCCGGCUGGCUGCCCGCAAUGACAUUGGCACCAGCGGCUUCAGCCAGGAGGUGGUGUGGUUCACGCUGGGCAGCGCCCCUCAGACGCCCUCAGCACCCAGGCUGGUGCGAGCAGGCGUCACGUGGGUCACCUUGCAGUGGAGCAAGCCUGAGGGCUGCGCACCCGAGGAGACGGUCACCUACACUCUGGAGAUCCAGGAGGACGAGCACGAUAACCUUUUCCACCCAAAAUACACUGGAGAGGAUUUGACCUGCACUGUGAAAAAUCUCAGAAGAAGCACACAGUAUAAAUUCCGGCUGACUGCAUCCACCGUGGAGGGGAGGAGCUGUGCGAGCGAAGUGCUGGUCUGUACAACGAGCCCAGACCGGCCUGGGCCUCCCGCCAGACCCCUCAUGAAGGGGCCAGUCACAUCUCAAGGCUUCAGCAUCAAGUGGGAUCCUCCAAAGGACAACGGUGGUUCAGAAAUCCUCAAAUACAUGCUGGAAAUUACUGAGGGAAACUCCGAAGCGAGUCAGUGGGAAGUGGCGUACAGCGGGUCGGCCACGGAGCACACCUUCAGCCGCCUGAAGCCGGGCACGCUGUACAGGCUGCGGGUCUGCUGCAUCAGCACUGGGGGACACAGCCAGUGUUCUGAAAGCCUGCCUGUCCGCACACUGAGCAUUGCUCCAGGUCAGUGCCGGCCACCGAGGGUCUUGGGGAGACCUAAGCACAAGGAAGUCCACUUAGAGUGGGAUGUCCCCCCGGCGGAGAGUGGCAACGAGGUGUCUGAGUACAGCGUGGAGAUGACAGAACCUGAGGACGUGGCCUCCGAGGUAUACCAUGGGCCUGCACUUGAGUGCACCGUGGGCAGCCUGCUUCCAGGGACUGUAUACCGUUUCCGGGUCCGGGCCUUAAACGACGGAGGGUAUGGUCCCUAUUCUGACAUCUCAGAAAUCACUACAGCUGCAGGGCCCCCGGGGCAGUGCAGGCCACCUGUUGUUUCUUUCACGCCUGAUGGAUGUGUCCUCGUGAGCUGGGAGGUAAGCCAGAGUCCUGACGGCUCCGGUGCUGACAUCUCAGAGUACAGGCUGGAGUGGGGAGAAGAUGAAGAGUCCUUAGAGCUUGUUUAUCACGGGGCGGAUGCUGGCUUCGAAAUCCGGGACCUGCUGCCCGCCGCACAGUACUGCUGUCGGCUACAGGCUGUCAAUCAAGCUGGAGCAGGACCAUACAGUGAGCUCGUUGUCUGUCAGACGCCAGCCUCUGCCCCAGACCCUGUCUCCACGCUCUGUGUCCAGGAGGAGGAGACCCUUAGCACCUCGCCCGACUCGCCUUCCGUGUGCCUUGUCCUGAACUGGGAAGAGCCGUGCAAUAAUGGGUCAGAAAUCCUGGCGUACAAUAUUGAUCUUGGAGAUGCCAGCAUAACCGUGGGCAACACCACCACCCACAUCAUGAAGGACCUCCUUCCAGAAACCACCUACCGGAUCCGGAUCCAAGCCGUCAAUGAGAUUGGAGCAGGACCAUUCAGUCCUUUGGUCAAGGCGAGGACUCGGCCAUUACCCCCCCUGCCUCCCAGGCUGGAGUGCGCGGCAGCAGGGCCUCAGAGCCUGAAGCUAAAGUGGGGGGACAGCAGCCCUAAGCUGCAUGCUGCUGAAGACACGGUGUACACACUGCAGCUGGAAGACAGGAACAAAAGGUUCAUUUCCAUCUACCGAGGCCCCAGCCACACCUACAAGGUCCAGCGGCUGACCGAGUCCACAUGCUACUCCUUCCGCAUCCAGGCAGCUGGCGAGGCUGGGGAGGGGGCCUUCUCGGACACCUAUACGUUUAGCACCACCAAGAGCAUCCCCCCCGCCAUCAAAGCCCCUCGGGUGACGCAGUUAGAAGGAAAUUCAUGCGAGGUGCUAUGGGAGACGGUGCCACCCAUGAAAGGUGACCCUGUCAACUACAUCCUGCAGGUCUUGGUUGGAAGAGAAUCUGAGUACAAACAGGUCUAUAAGGGAGAAGAAGCCACAUUCCAGAUCUCAGGCCUCCAGUCCAACAUUGACUACCGGUUCCGCGUGUGUGCGUGUCGGCGCUGCCUGGACACCUCUCAGGAGCUCAGUGGAGCCUUCAGCCCCUCAGCGGCUUUUGUGUUACAGCGGAGUGACGUCAUGCUCGCCGGGGACACGGGGAGCUUAGAGGACCCGAAAUUGAAGAGCAUGAUGCCUACUGACGAACAGUUUGCAGCCCUUAUUGUAGUUGGCUUUGCAACCUUGUCCAUAUUAUUUGCCUUUAUACUACAGUACUUCUUAAUGAAGUAAACCAGCCCAGCAAGACUAGAGGUAUGCGGUGAAUUAAUGCCACACAUUUUAAUACACACAUUUACUCAGAUACCCCCUCCUCUCUUUUGAAGCCCUUCUGUCCUUUGAUUUAUAUAUUUCUCUUGUUUUACAGAUAUAGCUAGGAAAAAAAAGAUCAGUGUUUUGGUGCACCUUUUUGAAAUGCAAAACUAGGAAGAGAUUAAACUGGAUUAAAAAAAAGAAGAAGAAAAGCAAGUCAGAUACCAAAUGCUAGCUUUCUAUGUUUUCUUUCUGCUUUUCAGAUUUGCCUGUAACCUGUUUUCACUGAUGUCUUUUGCAGACCUUUGGCUUUUUUUUUUUUUUUUUUUUUUUUGUCUAUUCACUGGUCACUUCUGCUGUCUUGAUUGUCUGUCUCUGUGAACAUGGGCCAAGCAUGUGUAAUGACAGGGCUAGGAUUUCAGUAUUGUCAGAGUGUUGCCACAUAACAGCCAUCACAGCAACUACAGACAGAAGAUGUGUCCACUCAGCUUAGACUGCCCUAAACAGCAACUCUUGUCACUCAGCUAUCUGUGUUUUGCUCAUUUAAAUCCGUAUGUGUACUUUAAUCGAAACUUUUAAUGAUCUGUAUUCCUCCUGAUUUUUAACACUAUGAGCUGCCUGUCUCUUAAGAAAUCAAGUAAAGCAAAGUGCACCUGUAAGUAAUAGAGCAUUGUAGAUCCCACCACAGCGAUUCAUAGCAGUAACUUUAAAGAGGGCAUUGUGCAAUAGUUAGUUAUUUCCCUGUUCAGCUCUUUGAAAAGCUGCUUUAACGUGUGUGUCUGUCUGUCUUUGUAUAUAACUACUUCUAAUCACUAGAGUUAUUAUAUCCUGUUAUGUUUGACCAGAAUUAUAUGACAAGAACUGGUGACAGUUUAGUGCCUCUGCCCCAUUGUCCAUGAUUUACACUAAUUGUGAGCAAUCUUCUUACACAUUAGCUCAUUUUUUUCUUCGUGAAAGGUUUACUUUAUGUAGGCUGUUUGUUGAGGUGUCUGUGAAGUGACUAAUUUCAAUACCUUAAUUCACUGCACACAAUACCAAUCUUAACAGCAGGUGAAAAUUGGUAGGAGCCCAAAGGAGUCAUCUAACAUAGCAGUUCCUGUAACUGUGGGGCUGAGCUGGCCAUGUGUGGAGAGGAAAUGGCAUUUGGCGGGAAGCAUAGAUGUAAGGGGGGGGGGGGGUCAAGGAACCUAGAACCUCUCCCCAAGUCUGUCACUUACUAGCUGCGUCACCUGACCAUGUCACUUUACCUCUCUGUGCCUCGGUUUUCCCAUGCAUUAAAAAUACAGGACAAUACAAUGGGGACUCUAAUGUUUGUAAGUGCUUUGAGAUCCUUGCUCAACAGGUGCUAUCGGAUGCAAAGUGUACUCUUGCCUGUUUAUUUUGAGUCAUGAGAUAAUCAGUUUCACCCAAAGUCAUUGGAUUAUUUAUAUGAAGUCCAUAAUGUUCGAGUACCUCAGGGACAUUUAAGAGUUGGAGGUGCAAAUAUAUUCCAGAAGGGUGCAACAGACACAGUGUAAUCCCUCUCCUUCCCCCAUCUAUACCCCCGCUUUUGUUUUUGUAUAUUUUUGCUACUUGGGUUUUCUUGAUCAUAGCUAUUUUGUGCUUGGUCUUUGUUGUCUAAGAUUCAAUAUCCCAUGCUAGCUUAUAAUAUUCCCAUACCAAAGUCAUGGGGAAACCAACAUUAUUUGUUUUUGGUUUAUUUAUACUAUAUUCUGCAUUCAGUACUUUAAAUGCCAAUUACAGUGCAAUUUUUAUUUAUUGUAAAAAAAAAUUUAAAUGUACUUAUGUACUAAUUUUCCUUUGUAGCAUGUUAUUUUUUUCAUGUGUUUUAUACUUUUGUAAUUUUAGAUCAGUUUGUUCCUUGGCAAUAUCUGUAGUUAUUAUCAAUCUUUUGACAUUUUCUUAUAUUUUUAAAGAUAAGAGCAUCUAGUGCAUUAAAUGCCAAAAAAAAAAAUCCAUCAUCAGUGAUUGAAACGUUUACAUGUAACCCCCCAAAAAUAAGAAAAUAGUAAUCAUCUCUUGAAAGUGCUAAGAUCAGUGAAUUAAUUCAGUGUGCCUAUAUUGUGCCUAUAAGUACUAGUAAGUACGUAUAGAGUUCUGUAUUUUAUUAUUGUCUAUAGUAAUUAGUUGAAUUAGCCUUGAAAACUGAUGACAUCAAGCUAAAUCUAUUUUUUGCCAAAGUUCUGGCCUUCCAGAAACUCAUCUUGCUAUUGAAAUGUGUUUGGUGACCCAUUAUACAGUUUCAUCUGCCUUUUCUGCAACAACUGCAUGCAGGUGGCUUGGAGAGAAAAGGCAUUAAAAAAAAAAAAAAAAAACAGUGAAGGUUCAUCUUGGGUGUAAGGACCCUGUUUGCGGAGGAACUGAGGGAGAUGAGGUGUUGAGUCAGAGUCACUUUUCUGGAAAGGCUUCAGAACUGCUGCUAUUUAGAAAUAGAUAAAUAUCCCCGAAUUUGGUUGAGAUUUUUUAAGUGAAAGAAUACUAUAGGCUAAAAUUGUAUGAAUCUAUCUGAUCAUUUUGAGAUGUACGUAACCUCUAUUCAACCACCAGAAAGUUGAAGUGUGUGAAACACUCGCACUUUAUUCUGUUGCUCUCCACUAUUUGGUAUGCACUGUACUCAUUGUAACCCCUUCAGUCAAAAGAUUACUAUGUCUGGCACUGUUUUCUAUCACACAUAUGUACAUGUGACAUUGACAUAUAAAUAUAUAUACACACAUAUAUAUAUAUUGCCAUUACAUGUGAACAAUAAAAUAAAGUGUUUUUACAAUUCUAUUUCUUUGCCCUUUUGCAUCAUGCAGGGGUGCGUGAGAGGCUUUCUGAUCCUCUAUGUCAGACUCAUCCCUGGCACAAGAAAUUCUAGUCAUGUCAGCAAAACUGCCCUUGGUCCUGAAAGAAAUUGUUCAAAAAGAAAACUUUUUAAAGGGAUUUUGUUUUUCUAUGAUCUGCCUUGUACUUAUCAACUUGAAUGAAAUGGUUGGCAUUUUCUAGCCAUGUCUGUUGGCUCCAGUAAUUCUGUAGUCCUGUCCAAAUUGAAAAGUGCCCUAAUUGAAUGUGUUUAAAUGUUAUCCUUGCACAAUUCUUUAAAUUGAAAGACAAAAUGUUUUUUACCUCACUGCUGGACAUACAUUCCAAGCUUUUCAACUUUAGGAGAGGGAAAAAAAUAAUCAUAUGUUUUCCUGUAUUGUAAAUUUUAGACUAUUUCAUAUACAUUGUAUUAAAACUGCCAUAUCAAUUUUAAUGUAUAGAUUUUGCAAAUACUAUGCUAUAUGUAAUUCCUAACUAUAUCUGUAGUGUAUAUGUAAUAUAUUUAUGCCCAAUAAAUGUUUUAAUUCUUUCUGA